AUGCUUGUUCGCCAGCUUACGGUGGCUCUGGCCGUUGCGGCUUUGACCAAUGCCCUUCCCGCGACAGUCAAGCAUGUCCUACAUGAAAAGCGUGGCCGAGACUCUUCGGACUGGGUAAAGAGGGCCCGCGUCGACAGCCAUGCUGUCCUGCCAAUGCGCAUUGGGUUGGCCCAGAGCAAUCUGGAGAAGGGUUACGAUUACCUCAUGGAAGUAUCUCAUCCGGAGUCUGCUCGUUAUGGCCAGUACUGGACAGCGGACCAGGUCCAUGACAUGUUCAGUCCCUCCGAGGAAGCUGUCGAGGCAGUGAGAGAAUGGCUCGCCUCCGCUGGCAUUGAUCAUUCUCGAGUUGUGCACUCCGAUAACAAGGGCUGGCUUGCUUUCGAUGCCUACGCGCACGAAGCCGAAAACCUCUUGAAGACCAAGUUUCAUGAGCACGAGAGCGCCGGCAGUGCGAGCAUCAGAGUUGGAUGUGACAGUUACCAUGUUCCCGAACACAUCCAGCAUCACAUUGAUUACAUCACGCCCGGCGUCAAGCUCACCCCAGUGGUCAAGAAAAGCAAGAAGGUCAAGCGUGCGUCGCAGCUCGGUCAUGCUUCCAACCUGAAGGCUGUCACUGGCGACGCGAUCAUCUCCAGCAAAGCCAAACUACUGCCGACUGAGCUGCAAGGCUGCGGAUCCAACAUGACUCCGACGUGCAUCAAGGCCUUGUACAAAAUCCCCGACGCGACGAAGGCGACGAAGGGCAACACCCUGGGGUUGUAUGAGCAGGGCGACUACUUUGCCAAGGCCGACCUCGAUCUCUUCUACGAAGCCUAUGCUCCCUGGGUUCCCCAGGGCACAUAUCCCAUUCCAGCGCUCAUCGAUGGAGCCAACUACUCUGUCCCGACUGACAGCUCCUGGAACACCGGUGAAUCGAACAUUGACAUUGACAUGGCCUACGCCUUGAUCUACCCACAGCAAGUCACCCUGUAUCAGGUUGACGACCAGUACUACGAGCCGCGUGAAGUUGCGACUACCAACCUGUUCAACACGUUCUUGGAUGCUUUGGAUGGCUCCUACUGCACCUACAGCGCAUACGGGGAGAAAGGCAAUGACCCAGACAUCGACCCCGUCUAUCCGGACCACAACGCUGGAGGAUACAAAGGCAAGCUGCAGUGCGGCGUCUACAAGCCCACAAAUGUCAUCUCGGCAUCCUACGGGCAGGCCGAGAAAGACCUCCCGGUCGCAUACACCAAGCGCCAAUGCAACGAGUUCCUGAAGCUCGGCCUGCAAGGGCACUCGAUCCUCUUCGCCUCCGGCGACUACGGCGUGGCCUCCUUCGCCGGGGACGGCGGCAACGCGAACGGGUGCCUGGGGCCGGAGGCGAAGAUCUUCAACCCGCAGUACCCGUCCAACUGCCCCUACGUGACCUCGGUGGGCGGCACGAUGCUCUACGCGGACCAGACCUACGAGGACAGGGAGAGCGUGAUGCACGUGAACCUGGGCGGCACGGCCAGCAACUUCAGCUCCUCGGGCGGCUUCUCCAACUACUUCCCGCAGCCCGAGUACCAGAAGAAGGCGGUCGCGACCUACUUCAAGCGCGCCCACCUGACCUACCCGUACUACUCAGAGCUGGAGGUCGACUUCAACACGACCAAGGGCCUAUACAACCGCAUCGGGCGCGCGUACCCGGACGUCGCGGCCAACGGCGCCAACUUCCGCGCCUACAUGGGCGAGGAGCUGUACCAUUUCUACGGGGCGAGCUUGGCGUCGCCACUGUUUGCCUCCGUGCUGACGCUGAUCAAUGAGGAGCGUCUCGCGGUCGGAAAGGGCCCCGUGGGCUUCAUCAACCCCGUUCUCUAUGAGCACCCGGAAGCCCUGAAUGAUAUCACCAACGGCACCAACGCCGGAUGUGGUACCUACGGCUUUAGCGCUAUCCCCGGAUGGGACCCCACUACUGGAUUGGGCACCCCCAACUACCCCAAGCUGAAGAAGCUGUUCCUGUCGCUGCCGUAGAGAUUGAGGUUGCAGCCACAACUUCACGACAAAACAAACAUAGCCCAACCAAGCACAUGAGCUUACAAACCACUAAUUGCUAUUUUCUUCUUCCUCUGCUUCGUAUCCCCCGAAACCUUCACCAAGCAGAAAACGAAUGUCUCAGUUCAGUCCCAUGGUCUGAUCGGGACGAGUGGCACUUCUAUCGAUCCUUCCACCCAGAUAUGAUUCAAAGUCAAUGUACAUAAGCUAUUGAACUCAAUGCACGAG